UCUGUGUAUUGUGGGGAAUUAAAUUACAAAGCAAAAUAUUUUUUGAGGUUAAUUUCGAGUAAUUGUGUUCGGAAGACUUCCUUCCUUUCUUUAGUAAUAAAAAUUAAUAUACGAUGUCGUCCAGAUAUGAUCGCGCAAUUACAGUUUUUUCACCAGAUGGUCAUUUGCUUCAAGUGGAGUAUGCUCAAGAAGCCGUCAGAAAAGGAUCGACCGCUGUGGGUGUUCGAGGUGCUAACGCUGUUGUAUUAGGCGUAGAGAAAAAAUCAGUGGCCAAACUCCAAGAAGAACGUACAGUCAGAAAAAUUUGCCUUCUAGAUGAUCAUGUGGUUAUGGCUUUUGCUGGCCUUACGGCGGAUGCCAGGAUUCUUAUUAAUCGGGCACAAAUAGAGUGCCAGUCACACAAAUUAACAGUGGAGGACCCAGUAACGCUUGAGUAUAUAACAAGAUACAUAGCCAGUUUAAAACAGAAAUAUACCCAAAGUAAUGGUCGAAGACCUUUUGGUAUUUCUUGUCUGAUUGGCGGUUUUGAUUUUGACGGUACACCUCAUUUAUAUCAGACUGAGCCUUCGGGAAUUUAUUAUGAAUGGAAAGCCAAUGCCACUGGUCGAUCUGCCAAGACAGUUAGAGAAUUUUUGGAAAAGUUUUACACAGCAGAAGAGGUAGCGACAGAAAGAGGUACUAUAAAAUUAGCAAUUCGUGCCUUGCUUGAAGUGGUACAGUCUGGGCAAAAAAAUCUUGAGAUAGCUGUAAUGCGGCAUGGCGCACCAAUGCUAAUGCUAGACGGUGAUACUAUAGAGAAAUAUGUGAGUGAAAUUGAAAAAGAGAAGGAGGAGGAAGCUGAAAAGAAAAAGGCAAAGAAGUGAAAAAUUAACUGAUUAGGUUUUAUUUUUAUUUCCUUAUUAGUGUAAAAUUUUCUAAUUAAAUACAUUGCUGAAUUCUACACAAAAUCUUUAAACUUAUUUUAACUGGAAGUAACAUUUUUUCUUAUUUUAAAUUGCACCCCUUAUACUUUUUGGGCUAGUAGCAUUGGGAGUCCGCGCUAGCAUUAUUUUUUUAGUUUCUAAAUAAUAAGUUCAAAGCAGUUUUGAUUGUUUCUAAUUUGUAGUUGAAAAAUUUGGGAGUCGAAAAAAACUAAAUUCUGAAAAAUCAUUGUGGUAUGAUAUGGCAUUGUUUUCAUGGCCUGUAUAUUACAUUGAAUAGAUAUUUUGUUUUGCCGAAAUCGGAUAAAAAGACGAUUUUUUCGUAACCUUAUCUAACCCAACAGGACGCCUAUGACCA